AUGCUUAAUUACGAAAACACUAUCACGUUCAUAUUCUACAACACGGUGCUCGGGGAUGUAGCGCGAAGCCUUGUGCAGGAUGUGGUAAUUGGUUUCUCGGGGCCUGGGUAUAGAAUUCUGGAGAAGUUUGGGGACGAAUUUGACGUGGAACUUGACAUACCUUCUUACACUUUUGUUCUCACUUGCCCAUUUCUGCUUCAGCGUGAAGCAAUAUUGACGAAGGCUGGAUUAAAUAUUGCGUCUUCAAGAAAUGGCGAUUUCUUUUACAGUUCUAAUGAAGCGCGUGCCUCUUGA